UACUUUCUUAUUGGACAUCUCUAUACGAUACUUGUUUGCUUGCUGGUGGUUGACUGACUAUUCUAUUUAGAUUCUAAUUGUGAUUGAUUGAUGUUUAUUUGAUUCUUUUGAUAUUGUUGUUUAAUAUUGUUUGUUCGCUGUUUAUUGCAAAUUUUUGAUUACUGUGCCACGGUUAUUUUCGCAACAAUGGCUUCCAUGGAUUUUGAUCUCUAACGCCAAAAAGUAUUUGUGUUUUGUAAGGCGUCCAGUGACUUGUGAAGUGACGCGCUACCCAUCUAAAGGCCAACAACAAGCUAUAAAUAAAUUACUUUUACAGUGUUAAAAGCAAUUUGUAAGACUCUAAUUCUUCUCUUAUUUGUGAUGUUCCCGCAUUCCAUCAGCGCGGCAGAAGAACAGAAGACGAAUUUAAUACCGAAGCUUCUUCAUUCAAAAAGAAAAGGCAUAUUUAUACCCAUGUUCAGAAAUACUGUACUUCGAUGCACAAACACAACAUUUCAUCUGAUAAAAAAUAGUUUGAGUGGAUAAAAUAUCUAGAAAGCAAUCUAGAAAAGAUGAAACUUCUAGAGAGCGGACGACUGGAGGCUCUUAGCAGAGCGUUGUCCAUAAUAAAUGGUGACAGUGCCGUACAAGGCCGCGUCGAAAGCUAUAGCUGUAAGAUGGCUGGUGGAGAAAAAGCAUUUUAUAAAAAAUUUACAGCAGAUGGGGAAACAACUCAUGACCUACAGGCUUUGUCCCCACCUGAAGGUGUUACAUACUUCAGUCAAAGUCUGUCAGGAGAUGAAGAAGGUGUACUUUGUGAUACCAUAUCAAGAAAGACUUUAUUCUACCUCAUUGCUACAUUGAAUGCUGCUUUCCCAGAUUAUGAUUUUUCAUUGGCAAAGAGCAGUGAAUUUAGUGCAGAACCUUCAUUGAGUUGGGUGCAAGGUGCGGUAGAUGUAGCAUUGUCACCUAUUGGUGGUACACGGUGGAGACAACUGAGGCCAGCUCUUUGGGCUGCUAUAGACGAAGAAGUACUCCUCACGGAGUGUCGGAUAUAUAGUUAUAAUCCCGACUUAGCAAGUGAUCCUUUUGGAGAACCUGGAUGUCUUUGGGCAUUUAAUUACUUCUUUUACAAUCGGAAGUUAAAACGUAUUGUCUUCUUUACCUGCAGAGCUAUGAGUCCUGUGUGUGCUGUUGACUCUGGAGUUGACUUUACAAUGGAUGAUGAUGAAGACUUUAACUGAAAAUUAUAUGCUUUUCUACAAACUGAAAGCAUUAUUUUGAGUCAUAGUAACAAAAAGAUAAAUUAUAUCUCUAUAUGAUACUUUACCAAUUUAUAUAUAUAGGUAUAUUAAAUACCAAAAUAACCAACUCUACUUAAAUUAAAUAAAUCAUUUGUUAACAUGCCACUUGUUAAAGAGUCAACUAGUGUGCAUAUUAUUUGAGAAGAGAGAGUUUUGUAUUAUAUUAUUUUAUAGAUUACUAUUUUUAUGUGUUGUAAAUCUUAAGUUUUGCUAUUAACAAAAGCUACCCUUACUGUGAAGUGCAAUGUUUGACAUUGUCAACUUUUGUUAGUGCAGUUCAACAGCAGUUUUACAGUGACAAAUAGUGAAAAGUUGCCCCACUAUCGAGUAUAACAUACCAGGUACUCAAUUUUACUGUUCCUAGGGUAACAAUAAGUUGCGUGUUUCAUAUGUUUUUGUUGUUUAAUUUUAAAUGUUUUGAAUAUUGCUAAAAAGUUUUGUUAAAUGUAAAUAACAAUUACUUUUUUCAAUGAACUUUUAUUUGGUAGUAUGGUCACAAAUAUAAGAUUUUUUUAUUUGAAAGUACGAAGAUAGUAUUUAAAAUAUUAAAUACAUCUUCUAAAUUCGUCGUCUGAAUAAUCCGCCUUUAUUUGGUGACACUGCCAAUUAAGAUUAGGCAUAGGAUGUUGUGAUUUUAGUAACAAAUUUUGUAAUACGUACUAGUUGUUAAUUUAAAUCUGACUUAUCAACAUUUUAAUAAUAAUAAUAGUUUGUAACAACUAUGUAUGAAUUUUAAUUAAUGUUAAAUACUUUGCAAAUUGAUCUUACUCAAAAAUCUGACGGCCACCAAUCUAAUACAACAUUCAGUAACUGAAUAUUUUUAGAAUUAAGUAAUUUAAACGCUAAAGUAGGUACAUUUAGCUAUUGUUAACAACAAAAACGAAAUAG